GGAGAUUCCAGUCAUCAGUCACGAUCUGAACAACGCUGUAUCGCAGAACCGGUGAAUACAUUCAAUCGAGACUAUGAAUAGGUAUCGCUUUGGCGGGCCUUCGAAGGCAACAGCGACGACAUUGUGCCAGAAAUGUCUGAAGAGAGGGCACUAUACAUACGAGUGCACAAGCGCACAGCAAGAUAGACCAUACACUUCGCGCCCUUCAAGGAGUCAGCAGCUCUCAAAUCCCAAAUUGGCCCCCAAAUUAUCUGCGGUUUUGCCUCCCGUAGAACCUGCGAGCAAAAACAGUCCAUCUAGGGCUCCAGUGGACCGGGAUCACCCAGUGAAUGGCAAGACUUCCAGGCCGACGAGCAGGCGUCGGAGGUCGAAUUCGACCCAUUCUCUGGAUUCAGUAUCCUCCUUUUCCACCAACAGAUCGCGUUCAAGCUCUCGCACGCCGCCUCCUGCCUCAAGAGCACCGGGAGCAAGAAGAAACCGGUCUUUGAGCAGAUCUCCCACUCGCUCUCCCGUCCGACGUACCAUAUCACCGCCAGUAGCUUCUACACGUCUCGGCAGGCGCAGGAGCGCGUCUCCGGAUCAAUAUCGCCCAUCGGCACGCAGCAAGUCUCCAGAACGAGUGCCGAAGGAAGCUUACACCGAGGCCAGAUAUCGACGUAGAUCACGAUCUCGCUCGCCAUAUCGAGGCGACAAAAGAAGGUCAAGUGGAUCUGCGUCUGAAGGAAGAGAUACGGCACCUGUCAAUCGGUCCAGACCUGCCGCGCGGGAGCGAAGUCUGAGUCCCUAUAGCCAGAGGCUUGCGAUGACUAAAGCAAUGAAUGGCUGAGGAACCGUUUUUGUUCCAAGAAGCAGAGCAGAAAUUGACUUGCAAGUGAUCGCACUAGAAAGUAUCGCGCAAUCAAUGACUAGUAGAACGGCUCAACGUUUGACCCACAAUGCCUGCGAACGUCUUUUUGGCUUUCUGGAGAUGCUGAAACGGUCGUAAUUGGGACAAUUGGCGCAUGACCGUUGGAUGGUCCCGCAGUUGGCAGUAAUGUCUGCAUGCCACGAGAUAGUUGCCAAUUCGACAUGUUGCUGGAUUGGGCUGUUUCACUUCCCG